AUGGGAAGCUUAUACGAUAGGCUUGGCAAGGUCGAAAGAACCCACAACCCACUUGUCCCUUCAUUUUCCGAGGACGAAAUCCCUUUCCUUUAUACCAAUGAACUCCUCGAGGUGACUUUCGUUGGCGACACGAGGUCCUUGAAAAUUGCCCUAUACGAAGGACUCACAUACCCGUAUGAUUGCCUUGAUAGUUUUUGCUACUCCAUGGAGGGACGGAAGGGGGGGCAAAUGAGGUCACCAAGUGUAGACUCUUCCCGACCACCUUGA